AACCUUCAACAGCUUAGUCCUCUUUCAGCACCAACCACCAAGAGACCCAUUAUGAAUAUAUCAGUUCCUAUUGGCACUGAGGUGGACUAUGUAUCCUUCUCUUUCUAUGAACCCAGCGAGAUUAGAAAGAUAUCUGUCAAACAGAUCUUCAAUCCCAUACUAUUUGACGCCUUAGGUCAUCCAACAAAAGGCGGUUUAUAUGACCCUGCACUUGGUCCCUUUCAAAAGACUCAAAUCUGUGCCACCUGUUCACAAGAUCAUUUCAACUGUCCUGGCCAUUUCGGUCAUAUUGAAAUUCCUAUUCCAGCAUAUAACCCCAUGUUCUUUGACAAUCUCUACGCUAUUCUCAGAGCCAAAUGUGUCUAUUGUCAUCAAUUCCGUAUUUCUCGUGCUUUGAUGAAAAAAUACAGUGCACAAUUGACUUUAUUACAGCAUGGUUUAGUGAACGAAGCACAGUCAUUGAACGAGCUUGUCCUUGAUUUCAAAAAGACAGAAGCUAAAGACGAUGAGACGUUGGAAGAUAGAAUGGAAGAACAAGCACUUUCGCUAUCCACAGUCGAAGAUUAUAUCGAACACAUCGACACCUUCAUGAAAAAUGCUUUGGCAGAUGAGGAAAGCCGUAAAUUCGCCGCAAAAGAUUAUAAAGUGACAGUCAUUAACGAAGUUCGAAAGUCAGUCAUGAGAGACUUCAUGAAACAAUGUAUUCAUAGCAAAAAGUGCGCCAACUGUUGCGGUAUUUCUCCUCCCAUUCGUCGUGAUGGAGCUGCGAAACUUUUCCAACUUGCUCUCAACAAGAAAGAUCAAGCUGCCAUGGACCGUCUGAAGAACCAAACUGGCAGUUUCGAGGAGAUAAAGGGAUUUACCAAUGGUCAACGAUUUUUAACCCCUUAUGAAGUCCGUAAGCAUGUACAAGCCUUGUUUGAAAAAGAAGGAGAUAUCACAACAUUGCUCUUUGGUGCUCGUGAUCCUCGCGUUCCCUCAUUUAUCAAAAAGGCCACCUAUCACAUGUUCUUUAUCGAAGUGUUGGCAGUGGCGCCUACUCGUUUUAGACCUCCCUCUGUCAUGGGCGAUAAAACAUUUGAAUCACCUCAAAAUGAACUUUUAUCCAGCAUUCUAAAAGGAUCUCAUCUUGUCCGUGACCUUUCUGAAGAAUUGCAAGCCAUUUCAGAUCAAGAGCCAGUCGAUAAGAAGAUGUUGGAGACAACACGUAAUAGAUUUGUGGAUUCUAUUAUCGGUCUUCAACAUGCCGUGAAUUCAUUUAUUGACUCUACUAAAAACCCAACCCAAGUCGCCCAAGGAAAGAACUUGCCUCCUGGUAUUCGUCAAGCUUUGGAAAAGAAGGAAGGUUUAUUCAGAAAACAUAUGAUGGGUAAGCGUGUCAAUUAUGCUGCUCGUUCAGUCAUCUCUCCCGAUCCUUUCAUUGAAACAUCCGAGAUUGGUAUUCCUCCUGUCUUUGCUACCAAGCUUACUUAUCCAGAACCAGUCACCCCUCACAACAUCAAGGAGAUGAGACAGGCUGUCAUUAACGGUCCCAACAAAUGGCCUGGUGCUACACACGUUCAGAACGAAGAUCAAUCCAUUGAUGUCCUUGGUGAUCUCAGUAUAGAAUCUCGUAUUGCUCUUGCCAAUUCACUCUUGGCCCCUCAAAGUUCUCAUACAGCUCAGAGCGGAAACAAUCCUUACCCUACACGUACUCAAACGAUCAACAAGAAGGUCUUCCGCCACUUGCGUAAUGGUGAUAUGCUCCUUUUGAAUCGUCAACCCACACUUCACAAACCAUCCAUCAUGGCACACAAGGCGCGUAUUUUACCUGGAGAAAAGACGAUUCGUAUGCACUACGCCAAUUGUAACACUUAUAAUGCCGAUUUUGACGGUGAUGAAAUGAACAUUCACUUUCCUCAAAAUGAAAUUGCUCGUGCUGAAGCUUCCUUUAUUGCCAAUACCGACAACCAAUACUUGGUCCCUACAAGCGGUAACCCUCUUCGUGGUCUGAUCCAAGAUAACGUUGACUCUGGUGUAUGGAUGAGUUCUCGUGAUACAUUCUUCACCAAGGAAGAGUACCAGCAACUCCUUUAUGGUUCUCUUCGUCCUGAAACCGACGGUACCGGUGGCGGCAAGAUCAGAAUGUUACCUCCUGCCAUCAUGAAGCCUCAACCUCUGUGGACUGGUAAGCAAGUCAUCUCGACUAUUCUCAAGAACUUGACUUGGGGUAAGGCACAAUUGAACAUGACUUCCAAGUCAAAGGUGCCUGCCAAGUUCUGGGGCCCCAAUGCCAAGGAAGAGGAUAAGGUAUUGGUUAUGGAUGGUGAAUUGAUUCAUGGUGUCAUGGACAAAUCACAAUUUGGUGCAUCUGCUUUUGGUCUCGUUCAUUCUGUUUAUGAAAUCUAUAGUCCUGAAGCCGCUGGUAUGCUUCUCAGUAUUUUGAGUCGUUUGUUCAUCAAGUUCCUUCAAUCACACGGUUUCACCUGUCGUAUGGACGAUUUGGUUCUCACCAAGGAAGGUGAUCAAUGGCGUAGAGACUUACUUGACCAAGGCGUCGGUUUGGGUGAUGAAGCUCACUUGGAAUUCCUUGGCUUAGCAGAUACAGCAAAGACAGCUAGUCCUGAAGUGCUUUCAAAAGAAUUCAAGCUUCGUAUGAACGAAGUCAUUCGUGAUGACAACAAACUGGCUGGUCUUGAUAACGCCAUGAAGGCUAAAGUAAACAAGUUGACUUCCUCCAUCACUCAGAAAUGUCUUCCCGAUGGUCUCAUCCGUCCUUUUCCCAAGAACGAUAUGCAAAUGAUGACUGUGUCUGGUGCCAAGGGUUCUAAUGUCAAUGCUACUCAAAUCUCUUGUUUACUUGGUCAGCAAGAACUUGAAGGUCGUCGUGUACCUCUUAUGGUCUCAGGUCGCUCUCUUCCCUCCUUCAGACCUUUUGAUACCAGUGCCCGUGCUGGUGGUUUCGUCACCGGUCGUUUCUUGACCGGUAUUCGUCCUCAAGAAUACUAUUUCCAUUGUAUGGCUGGUCGUGAAGGUUUGAUUGAUACUGCUGUCAAGACAUCUCGUUCUGGUUACUUGCAACGUUGUUUGAUCAAGCAUCUCGAAGGCUUACGCGUUCAUUACGAUCACACCGUACGUGAUUCUGAUGGCUCUGUCUUACAGUUCCAUUAUGGUGAAGACUCUUUAGACGUUAUCAAGGCUAAGCAUAUCAAUCAAUUCGGUUUCUCUGCUCACAAUUUCGAAGCUCUUUCUCAGAAAUAUCAUCCUAAGGCUGCCUUAGCCUCACUUGAAAUCAAGCAAGGUGAAGAAUACGCCAAGAAGGCUUUGAAGAAGCCAGGCAAGUACGAUCCUGCUCUUUCUGUGUAUAACCCAGGUACCCAUCUUGGUGUUGUCUCUGAACGAUUCGCUCUUGCAAUGAAGAACUAUAUCCAAAAGAACCCAGAUGGUAUGCCUUUCGAAAAGGAUUCUCAACUCUCAAAGAACACAGCUCGUUAUGCUGGCUUAACAAAGAACAAGUUUAAGGCCUUGAUGAAUCUCAAAUACCUUCACAGUUUAGUCGAGCCCGGUGAAGCAGUUGGUCUAUUAGCCGCACAAUCUGUAGGUGAACCAUCUACACAAAUGACAUUAAAUACUUUCCAUUUUGCUGGUUAUGGUGCUGCCAACGUCACCUUGGGUAUCCCUCGUCUUCGUGAAAUCAUCAUGACCGCUGCUCGCAAGAUUAAGACACCUACCAUGUUACUGCCUCUCUUACCAGAAACAUCUGUAAAGAAGGCUACUCAAUUUUGCAAGUCUGCGUCUAGACUCACAUUGGCUCAACUGGUGGAUAAUGUCGUUGUCAGAGAAAAGACAAGCGCCAAGACGGCAGACAAUAACUACAAAAGAUCCAAAACAUACUCUAUUCGUGUUAAUCUUUUUGAAGAGAAGGAAUAUAACGAAGAAUAUCGUGUUUCUGCUAAGCGUGUUAAAGAAGUACUGGCUACUGCUUUCCUGAAAGAUUUGGAAGAGUUGAUUCGUAAAGAUAUUAAAGAUACCAAAAAGAUUGAAGAUAUUAGCAAAGCUCACAAGAUGGACGCUCCUGGAGAUGACGAUGCUAAUGAAGAUCUUGGUGAUGCUGCAGCUAAGGAUGGAUAUGCCUCUGACGACGCAGAGGAUAUGGAUGCCAAGACAGCUCGUAAGUCAGCACAGAACAAGCCACAGGCAAGUUAUGACGAGCCCGAUGAAGAUGAUAUUGUUCCCGAAGACAAUGAAAAGAGCUUGGAAGAUGAGGAAGAAGAGUUUGAACAGGCUAUUCUUGCUGGUGCUGAUGAUGAGGAAGAAGCUCCUAAGCGAUCCUCUUCUAAAGGAGGUAAACUUGAAGAACAAGCUGUUCAAAAGAGUAAAUACUGCACACGAUUCAAGUUUGAUGAUAACAAUGGUGCAUUCUGUGAAAUUGAUAUGGAAUUCCCUGCUGAUACUAAGAAGAUCUUGAUGAUCUCUUUGAUUGAAAAAUCUUGCGCAAGAGUGGUUGUCCAUGAAGUCAAGGGUAUUUCCAAAUGUUUUGAAUACAUUAACCCCACUGAAAACGAUACUUCUAAACGUCUUCAAACUGAAGGUGUCAAUCUCAGAGGCAUGUGGGCAUUCUCUGAUAUUAUUGAUGUUAACUAUAUUGAUACCAAUGAUAUUGCUGCCAUCUUGAAUACAUAUGGUGUUGAGGCAGCUAGAAAUGCUAUUAUUAAGGAAGUGGCUAGUGUCUUUGCUGUCUAUGGUAUUGUGGUGGAUCGUCGUCACUUGACGUUGAUUGCAGACUAUAUGACAUUUGAAGGUGGAUAUAAACCAUUCUCUCGUAUCGGUAUUGGAUCCAAUGUAGCACCUUUCCUCAAGAUGAGUUUUGAAUCGACAUGUAAAUUCUUGACAGAAGCAACACUACAUGGUGACUUUGAUACACUUGACUCUCCCUCUUCGAGAAUCGUUGUUGGCCGAGUGGUAGAAGGAGGCACGGGUUCAUUUGAUGUCUUGCAACCUCUCACUUCUACGGCCUGAACAUAGACUUUUUUUUCGCAUUUUUAUAUAUAAAUAAAUUAUUCAUUUUUUAAUAGCAUCAAC